CCUAAUCUCAUUAUGCCUGUAGAGCAGAUUGAGGAUCCAUCAGUGAAGAUAAGGCCCCCCUCGAAGCUCAUCCAGUUUAUCCGGAAGAACGUGAACGUGAAGGAGGCACCUGAGAGUCUGAGAGCUGUGAAAAAAUCCCACAAACCCGAGGCGCUGCUGAAUAUCAAGGACAUCAAGUGGUUAAACGAAUUUCUCAUCGAGUACAGAAAGAAAACAGACACCAAAGUGUACAUUCACGAGCUUCUGGAGGGAGCUGAUGUAAUCCUCCCAGAGCCCAAGGUCACACCAAGAAAUCCAGUGCUGGAGGCGAGAAUCCAGAAAUUGACAGCUCAACAAUCAGCCAGGGAGUACGAGGCGAUGACCAAAGGAGUGGAUCCCAUCAGAAAAUAUUACCCCGAGGACACUAUCUCAUAUCAAAUGAAGGAAAUUAAUAAACAACUCAUCGCUGUAGCCCAAUUCGUCUUCUCUGUGAUAGCAGCCUUUGCAUUUGGUUUCAUAGGACUUGAGCUCAUCGUUGGUAGCCUAGAUUUUGGUUUCAGAUUGCUGUUAGGAAUAAUCUGCGGCCUCAUUGUAGCCCUCGCCGAGAUCUACUUCCUCGCGAAGAAAUUGAACGAAGACUGCUGGGAGCCCCCACCACCCAGGGUGUUUACAAAAUCCCAUCAGGAAUAAUUAAUCAUUAUAUCCGAGAUAAUUUUCAUCCAGUGGAAUUUCAAUUAUAGCCAAGCAUGAGCCUGUAAAUAACUAAUAUCGUGGGAUUGAAUAUAUUCUUCUCAGAAAAUAUC